AUGGGCAGCGCUUACCACUGGGAGGCCCGUCGCAGACAGGCGGCUUUGGAAAAGAGUAGGGGGCUGAGGCAGCAACAGCAAGAGAAGGAACUGAAGAAACCCCAAAAGGAGAAAUGCCAAUCUGAGAAGCAAACCCAGCCAUCUCAGGAGUCACAUCAGGAGCCAGGGCCAUCACAGGUACGAUCGCCACCACCUAUACAGCCACAGCCGCCCCCGCCAAAGCCAGCGGAACAGCCUCCUCCUCCACCGCCACCGCCACCGCCGCCACCGCCACAGCCACAGCCACAGCCACAGCCACAGCCACAGCCACAGCCUCCACCGCCACCACAGCCACAGCCACAGCCACAGCCACAGCCUCCAUGUCAACCAUGGCAACAAAAUGCCCAAGACCCUCUUACCCAGCUCAGUUCCAAGCACAAACUCCAGGAUUCCCAAAAGCCUGGCCCCCAGCUUGACUCCAUGGGGGCCCAUCAAACUAAAGGACAAUCCAGCUACUUUAAGGAUAAAGUCCAAGGAGGGCAGAAAAUCGCUCUAGACCCCAGUUCAGCUUCCCCACCACCCAAGCUCAUCUCUCUGCCCACCUGA